GUCUGCACUGUAGAGCAAACACUGAUUUAUGUGAAUAUCCUCUUUUAACCUGCAUUGCUUAAUAGGAAAUAGAGUCAUCUACAUAUUACUUCCAUAUUUUAGAAGUUCUUAAGUGAAGAAAAGUGUCAAAAAAACAGAAGCACAAGUGACACCAAAUGAACACCAUAAUGUCUUGCUGGACUUUUUAUUUCUUUGCUAUUUGGCUGGCUUUGGACACCAUGGCAUAUGUAAUGCAGUACUACACUCCUGGGAUGACAGCGACUCUGCCCUGUACAAUAGUGCCCACCGUCCAGGAUGCUACUUUCACCUGGGUUUUCAGUCAGACAUCAACAGCAACCGCAGUUAUCAUAGCAGAAGGAGGAAAAAUAAAACAGAAUGAGACUAAGAGAGCAAAGAAACUGGAGCUGCUCCAAAACUCAACUCUGAAGAUACAAAAUGCACAGCCUGAGGAUGCGGGGCUCUACACUUGUGAGAUGUAUAAAGAUGGCAAAGGUGAUCGCAUUAAGUUCACAAGUAUUUCUCUUAUCCUCCUAAAAAUUACAGCCUCACCUGAUACACAUCUGCACAGAGGGUCCCUGCUGACACUGACCUGCUGUCUGACCAGCUAUGACCCCUGCGCAUCUUUAAGACAUAACCAGCAUUCAUGGACUGAUGACCAGGGAGCUCCUCUAACAGGAGACAGAUACAGGAUCUCAGCUCAAGCUCAGUGCUGCCUGCAACUGUCUACAGAACUACUUAACUCUGAUCAGAAGAGAAGCUGGAGAUGUGACGUCACUGUAAAUGGGAAGACUGAAGGAUCAGCGAGCUACCUGUCCACACUGGAAGAUGGAGUAGUGGCAACAACAAAGCAAACCACAGUGGCGAGAUUGACAAAACCUACUCAUCAAAUUACAGACAGCAAAGGGUCUAUUAAUAAAGGUGAUCCAAGAAGCCCACCAACACCAGUCUCAGCAAUAGCUGCAUCAGCGGUAUCAGUUCUGGUCAUAAUGGCCUUGGUCAUCCUUAUUGUGUACCUGAAAAAAAGAAAACGAGGGCAGAUACUGAACACAGCCAAUCACCAUGAUUCAUCCAUCCGUGGCUGUGAUGUUAAUGAUCAAGAGCAAACAUUUGAGUCCAACCAGCAAGAACAACCAGAUGUAUCAUCCAAGCAGGCAAUGGACACUCAGGAUUUCCCUGGAGACAGUUAUGCCACCUUACAAUUUCACUCAAAGAAGACCCCUAAAGCUGUAAAACCACAAGCAGAGAAUGAAGAAGGUACCAUCUAUUCUUAUGUCCGGACUGCCAGAUAAAAAAGAGAGAACCCCAACUAUCUUGGCAAACAGCAUAUAUUGUGGACUGGAUUGUAAAUCAGGGAUGUUCUGUACCAAGUGACACUUACUUUGUAGACAUUUUCCAAAAGUGAAAAACAGAAAGUUUGUUGAAAAAAAGUAUAAUAAUGUAAUAAUAAUAAUAAAGAUGUUAAUGAA